UCGGCAGAGGUAAGAAUUUCAACACCGACUGAGGGACAUUUACUGUGACUCCGAACACCGUGACCGCAAUCCCGGGACAGUCCUGCUCUCGUCCCUCUCUCUCAGCCCCACGAUCCGUACACGGACCCCGGGGAGCUUCCGGCUGAUGAGGGAAUGGGAACCGAUGGAUCUCUCAGACAGAGCUGAGCUCCAGCUGUCUAAAUGCAAGGAUUGGGAACUCGGAGAAAGGGAACAAAAUCUUUUACAUCAGCUGUUGAGAAAAUCACCUUUGUUCUGCCUCCUAUCACAAACAAGAGAAAAUCUGCAGAUGUUGAAAAUCCAAGCAACACACACAAAUUGCUGGAGGAAUUUAGCAUUAGUACUCUUUUCCAUAGAUGCUGCCUGGCCUGCUGAGUUCCUCCAGCAUUUUGUGUGUGUUGCUUGUUUUACAUCCUCUAGGGAGGAGGUACAGCAUUUGACAGAAUGGUGUUGUCAUUAUAACCUGGACUUGAACAUCACAAAAACCAAGGAGCCGAUAGUAGACUUCAGGAAAUCAAAGCGCGUCGAGCACUCUGCUCUGCACAUAUACGGGAAAGCGGUGGAGAGAGUAGAGAGUUUCAAGUUCCUCGGCGUCCACAUCUCGGCUGACCUCACCAUAUCUCUUAUCAGGUGGGGAAGGCCCAACAGAGGCUCUACUUCCUAAGGAAGCUAAAGCACGCUCUCCUCCCUCAUCACCUGCUGAUCAACUUCUAUCGGACAACUAUAGAGAGCCUCCUGACGUAUUGCUGUGCAGUGUGGUUUGCCAGCUGCACAGAACAGAACAGGAAGGACUUGCAGCGGGUGGUGAGGGUAGCAGAGCACAACAUUACCCUCCCUCAGAGGCAUUUAUACUGACAGACUUCAAAGGAAGGCUACUUGUAUUUCAAAGGAUCCCACUCAUCCUGGACAUCACCUGUUUUCCCCUCUACCUUCUGGGAAGAGAUACAGAGCAUUAAGGAGAAAAACAAAGAGACUCCUUAACAGCUUCUACCCACAAGCAGUGAAAUGUAUAACACCCCCUUCCUUUCUCCUGCCCCCCCCCACCAAGACGACAGCAGCUAAAUGCAUCACACUUCCAGGAAUGGCAGGUGUGCAAUAGUCCUACCCCACCCCCAAUCCAUAUAAUAUUAAUUUUGGACUGCAUUCCUGAGGUUUUAGAGUUUAUUUUAUGUAUUUAUUCUUUGUCAUGCUGCAAAACGUUGAGCUGCUAAACUGUGUUUCAUUGCUCCGCAACAACAACAACUUCAACAACAACUACUUCUUCUUCUUCUCCUUGUCCUCGUCCUCGUCCUCCUCCCUGUGAGAACAUGUUUUGACCUACUCAUAUGUUUUGACCCUGGGUUAAAUACUACAAGGAAUUUAUCUACAGGAAUCUCGAACACAACACGCCAGUUUUUCUAUCUCUGGCCAGAUAUUUAAGAAGUGGAGCAAGUGAUUCAAUCGAUCAUCCUUCCUACUCAGACUGUGGGGAGGGAUUCACUAGAUCAUCUGACUGACUGGCACGCCUGUCAUUUUACACAGGGGGAGAGGCCAUUCAUUUGCUCAGUCUGUUGGAAUGGAUUCACUCGGUCAUCUCAACUGAAGGUACAUCAGCAAGUUCACACUGGGCAAGGCCAUUCACCUGUUCUGUGUGUGAGGAGGGAUUCAGUCGGUCUUCCCAGCUGUGGACACACCAGUCAGUUCACACUGGGCAGAGGCUGGUCAUCUGCUGAAUUUGUGGGGAAGGAUUCACUCGGUCAUCUGACCUAAUGGCUCACCAGCGAGUCCACACUGGGGAGAGGCUGUACACCUGCUCAGACUGUGGGAAGGGAUUCACUUGCUCAUCUAAACUGAAGGUACAUCAGCGAGUUCACACUGGGGAGAGGCCGUUCACCUGCUCAGACUGUGGGAAGAGAUUCACUUAUUCAUCCAACCUACAGAGUCAUCAGCGAGUUCACACUGGAGAGAAGCCAUUCACCUGUUCAGAAUGUGGGAAGGCAUUCAAACUGUCAUCCCAUCUACAGAGUCAUCAGCGAGUUCACACGGGGGAGAAGCCAUUCACCUGCUCAGUCUGUGGGAAGAGAUUCACUGAAUCAUCCAACCUACAAAGUCAUCAGCGAGUUCACACUGGGGAGAAGCCAUUCACCUGCUCAGAAUGUGGGAAGCAAUUCACUCAGUCAUCCCACCUACAGAGUCAUCAGCGAGUUCACACUGGGGAGAAACCGUUCAUCUGCUCAGUCUGUGAGAAGAGAUUCACUCGGUCAUCCGACCUACAGAGUCAUCAGCGAGUUCACACUGGGGAGAAGCCGUUCACCUGCUCAGAAUGUGGGAAGGGAUUCACUCGGUCAUCCACCCUACAGAGUCACCAGCGAGUUCACACUGGGGAGAGGCCGUUCACCUGCUCAGUCUGUGGGAAGGGGUUCACUCAGUCAUCCAUCCUACAGAGUCACCACCGAGUUCACACUGGGGAGAAGCCAUUCACCUGCUCAGUCUGUGGGAAGAGAUUCACUGAGUCAACUAACCUACUGGUACAUCAGCGUGUUCACACUGGGGAGAAACCGUUCACCUGCUCAUUCUGUGGGAAGGGAUUCACUCAGUCAUCCACACUACAGAGACACCAGCGAGAUCACACUGGAGAGAAGCCAUUCACCUGCUCAGAAUGUGGGAAGGGAUUCACUUGGUCAUCCCAACUACUGGCACACCAGUCAGUUCACACUGGAGAGUGGCCGUUCAUCUGCUCAGAAUGUGGGAAAGGAUUCACUUGGUCAUCCCAACUGCUGGCACACCAGUCAGUUCACACUGGGGAGUGGCCAUUCACGUGCUCAGAAUGUGGGAAGGGAUUCACUUGGUCAUCCCAUCUACUGGCACACCAGUCAGUUCACACUGGGGAGAGGCCAUUCACAUGCUCAGAAUGUGGGAAGGGAUUCACUUGGUCAUCCCAUCUACUGGCACACCAGUCAGUUCACACUGGGGAGAAGCCGUUCACCUGCUCAGAAUGUGGGAAGGGAUUCACUCAGUCAUCCGACCUACAGAGUCAUCAGCGAGUUCACACUGGGGAGAAGCCAUUCACGUGCUCAGUCUGUGGGAAGAAAUUUACUCGGUCAUCCCACCUACAGAGUCAUCAGCGAGUUCACACUGGGGAGAAGCCAUUCACCUGCUCAGAAUGUGGGAAGGGAUUCACUCAGUCAUCCAACCUACAGAGUCAUCAGCGAGUUCACACUGGGGAGAAGCCGUUCACCUGCUCAGUCUGUGGGAAGAGAUUCACUCAGUCAUUUCACCUACUGACCCACCAGCGAGUUCACACUGGGUAGAAGCCAUUCACCUAGUCAGAAUGUGGGAAGAGAUUCACUCAUUCAUCCAACCUACAGAGACAUCAGCAAGUUCACACUGGGGAGAAGCCGUUCACCUGCUCAUAAUGUGGGAAAGGAUUCACUCAGUCAUCCCAACUACUGGCACACCAGUCAGUUCACAAUGGGGAGUGGCCAUUGUUAUGAACCCCUGGGUUUCGUUUGCUGUGGGCUGUCAUUUUAAGAGCAAGAGAGAGAGAUUUAGAAGGGAAAUCAGUCCAACUUGCAGCUUGUUUAGAUUUAACCGAGGACAGAGACACACAGAGUCAGAGGGAGAUGAAAGAGGAAAAAUGGUAGGAUCAAAAGAAGGGAACUAGUGGCCAAGGGUCAUUGUUUAGCACUUCCCUAUGCCCACAAAGGUGGGUUAAUUAUCGAUUCAGUGAACAUCGAAUGUGUGGUUGUCAUCUCGCUUGAUCCAUAGGAGUGGAUCGGAUUUGGGGUAUCCUGUGAAGACCACUUAUGUGUUAACCCUUGCCUGGGUGUGGUCUGAUAAUUCACCUGAAGAAGAUACCCCUUGUGACAAGUCACUUUCGGUGAUAAUUCGUACGUGGAUUUGGAACGACAACGAAUAAAAUCUGCAGCGACUGUUCUCUCGUUUUACCACCGUGGAACCUGUGGAAUUCGACAUAAUUGCCUUCUCUCGACAUUUAUCCUGGAUUACAAAUAUCUCUCUCUCAUCACCUAUUCCAUGGAUGAACUGAAUUUUCAUACUUUACCAUCACAAGACUCUAAGCCUUGUUUCCCCCGAGCUCAAUAGUUUGGGAGUUAUAUUUAAACUCAUAUAUACACAUAAUACUGUUCACUUUUGUUUAUCUUGCUUAAGUUACUAUAUUAUAAGUAGAUACUAAUAAAGGCAGUGGUUUUAACAUCAAAACCAGACUCCAGGUGUAGUCUAUUGCUGCUGGUUCAUUUCUAAAGCAUUAUAGUUCAUAACAAAAUUUGGGCGUGUGUCGGGGAUAUGAACAAAUUUGGGGGCGUAUUGAUUGAUUAAUUAUCGAUUUCAUUGGGGAAAUCCUUUUUGAUUUACUUGUGUGUGGAAAAUCAGCAGCAAUGGAUGUUGAUAGAUUUUUCGAAGUGCCAACCUCUGAGGCAUUAGAGGACGCCAGAAGGAUUGAGUUGUUGAGUAUUGCUAAAAGGUUAAAAUUUGCUAAGGUGAAAUCAACAACGAGGAGGGCAUAGUUGCAGAGGAUAAUAGCUGAGCAUUAUGUAUCUGAGGGUGUGUUUAAAGUGGAGGAGUUGGAGGUGUUUCCUGAAAGUAAACUUAGUAAGCUUGAGCUCCCGUACAAGUUAGAAACAUUAAAGAUGGAGGCUGCGGAAAGGCAGAGGCAGUUUGAGGCUAGAGAGGCAGAUAAACAGAGGGAGGAAGCAGAGGAUGUUUGAGCUGGAAAAGAUAGAGAGAUUGCAGCAAAGGGAUCUGGCGUUAGACUCUGGUGAUAAGUUUGAUGCCAGUCGGGAAGUUAUAUUGGUACCUCCAUUUGACGAGGCAGAAGUUGAUAAAUACUUUCAGCAUUUUGAGAAGGUUGCUCAGAUUUUAAAGUGGCCAGAAGAGGGUUGGCCUAUUCUCUUACAAAGUGUAAUUCAGGGGAAGACUCAGCAAGCCUUUUCUACCUUGACAGUUGAUGAAGCAGCUGAACAUAUGACAUAGUGAAACAGGCUGUGCUCAAAGCAUACGGGUUGGUCCCAAAAGCAAAAGUUUAGAAAUUUGAGGAAAUCUGUUAUAUGGAAUUUGCUUAUGAGAGCUUUGUGUGUCUUCACCACUGGUACACAUAUAAAAAUGUAAAUGAUGAUUUUAACAGCUUGAAAGAGUUGGUUUUAAUUGAAGAAUUCAAAAGAUGUGUUUAGAUGAAAAGGAUGCUGCCACUUUGCAGGUGUCUGCUAGAUUAGCAGAUGAGUUUGCCUUAACUCAUAAGGUUAAGUUUACCCCGAAUAAGAGCUUCCAAAAGAGUAGCAGGGAUAACCAGGGUAAACCAGAAAUUAAAGCUGGUAUUAGUAACAAGAGUAAGGAUGAAGGCAAGCAGUUGAAGGAGAAAUAUUCUGGUCUUACUUGUUACUAUUGUAAGAAAGCUGGUCAUAUGAUGGCUGAUUGUUCCGUCCUGAAGAAUAAAAAGGAAAAGGAGGCAGUCCCAAAUGCCUGUGAUCAGUAUGUUGAAGCAUCUAUAAACCCACAGGGUUCUGAACAUUCUGUUGAGGCUCAGUAAUGGACUGAGAGGUCUGACUGAGUUAAGAAGGGAUUUGAUCAUUUUAUGUCAGUUGGGUUUGUAUUAGUAAAGGAAGGGUCAACCCCGGUACCAGUGAAAAUUCUUCGAGAUACUGGGGCUUCUCAAUCACUUGCGUUAGACUGCGUUCUGAAGUUUGGUGAUGAGACUAACACUUGUGAGGUAAAUCUUAUUAAAGGCAUUGGGGGCGGCAUAGUUUCUGUGCUGUUGCACAAGGUAGCUUUACAGUCAGAGUUGGUUUCGGGACCUGUUAAGAUUGGAUUAUGCUCCAGUUUACUGGUGGAAGAUGUUACUCUGAUGUUAGGGAAUGACCUGGCAGAUGGUAAAGUUGUUCCUGCAGUGCAGUUGACAACUAAGCCAACCACUGACGACCCACAGAUGGAUUUUAACAUUUAUCCUUCCUGUGCAGUAACUCGAAGUAUGGCUAAAAAGUCUGCCAACGCAGACGGUUCUGUGCAGCAUGAUUCUGAUACCAUUGAUAGCCAAAAUCGGGAUUCGGGUUACGAUGACUUGAAAGGGACUUUUCUGCCUUUAUUGUUUCAAAAGGAUUCAGGUAAUAAGUCUGAUAAGGAAGAUUUAUCCCUAGGAAGGAGCGUAUAGCAGAACAGAACCGAGACCCUGAGAUUGAAGCUUUAAAAGAAACAGCUCUCUCAGAUGAUGUGAAUAAGAAAGUGCCAGUAGGGUAUUAUUUCAAGGAUGGAGUAUUAAUGAGGAAUUGGAGGCCACCUGCUAUACCUGUGAGUGAGGAAUGGGCAAUUGUUCACCAAGUUGUAGUCCCUUAAGUUUAUAGGACUGAAAUUUUAACUUUGCCCACAGUAUGCCCUCAGGUGGCCAUUGAGAACCUGGAACAGUUCAGGCCCUGUGGCCCAAAAUGUUGUGCCGACCCUUAAACCCUGCCUCCCAUAUAACCCCCCCCACCUUAAAUUCCUCCAUAUACCUGUCUAGUAGCCUCUUAAACAUCACUAGUGUAUCUGCCUCCACCACUGACUCAAGCAGUGCAUUCCUCGCACCAACCACUCUCUGAGUAAAAAACCUUCCUCUAAUAUCCCCUUGAACUUCCCACCCCUUACUUUAGAGCCAUGUCCUCUUGUAUUGAGUAGUGGUGCCCUGGGGAAGAGGUGCUGGCUGUCCACUCUUAUCUAUUCCACUUAAUAUCUUGUAUAUCUUGUAUGUUUUGGAGUGAAUAAAACUGUAAACAGGAUUAUGAAAGAAUUUUACUGGCCUAACUUGAGAAAAGAUGUUGUGACCUUUUGCAGAACCUGUCACACUUGUCAAGUUGUGGGUAACCCCAAUCAGUUCACCCCAGUGGCCCCACUCCGGCCUAUACCUGCUUUCAGUGAACCCUUUUCCAAAGUUAUAGUGGAUUGUGUUGGCCCAUUGCCAAAGACUAAAGCUGGCCAUCGGUAUUUGCUAACUAUUAUGUGUACUGCAUCCAGAUUCCCAGAGGCAAUACCUUUCAGAAAUACUAAAGAUAAAACUGUGGCGAAGGCUCUUACCAGGUUUUUUUUUACUUUAUUUGGUUUGCCUAAAGAUUCCAGUCUGAUCAGCGAAGUAAUUUUACAUCUGGAUUGUUCCAGCAGGUAGUUUGUGAACUGGGAACUAAACAAAUUAUAUCGUCUGCGUACCAUCCGGAAUCACAAGAGGCUUUAGAAAGAUUUCAUUCUACCCUCAAAAAGAUUAAGACAUACUGUGUUGAAAAAGGAAAAGACUGGAAUGAAAGAAUACAUUUCCUUUUGUUCACGAUAAGAGAGUCGGUACAGAAAUGACUGGGCUUUAGUCCAUUUGAACUUGUAUUUGGUCAUAGAGUGAGGGGAACUUUGGCCUUGUUAAAGGAACAGUGGAUUGAUGGGGAUGUACAUGUCAACUUGUUAGACUAUGUUUUGAAGUUCAAAAAUAAACUACACCAAGCCUGUAGUCCAGCGAGACAAAACUUAAAGAUUUCUCAAAACAAAAUGAAGUGUUGGUUUGAUAAGCUGGCUUGUGAAAGAAAAUACCAGGUGGGGGAUAAGGUGCUUGCCUUAUUUCCAGUGUUGACGAAUCCACUUCAGGCGAAAUUCAAUGCACCGUAUGAAAUAGUAUCUCAAAGUAAUGAUACGAAUUAUGUUAUUGAAACACCCGACCGAUGUAAACUAACACAGGUGGUACACAUAAAUAUGAUAAAGCCUUAUUUUGACAAGCAAACCACGGUCGCAGUACAUGACGUAGAUAUUGGUCAAGCCAAACAGAUUCAACAACAGCCAUAUCGCUGAAUGUAGGAAAGUGUAAAUUGGCUGAGCUUGAAAUUGAAUAUAUGCUGAAAAAUGGUAUUAUUAGGACUUCAACAUCAGAUUGGAUCUCACAAACCAGUGGAAUGAGUAUGACCCAUAGACACCAUAGAAACUACAGCACAGAAACAGGCCUUUUGGCCCUUCUUGGCUGUGCCGAACCAUUUUCUGCCUAGUCCCACUGACCUGCACACAGACCAUAUCCCUCCAUACACCUCCCAUCCAUGUAUCUGUCCAAUUUAUUCUUAAAUGUUAAAAAAAAACCUGCAUUUACCACCUUGUCUGGCAGCUCAUUCCACACUCCCACCACUCUCUGUGUGAAGAAGCCCCCCCUAAUGUUCCCUUUAAACUUUUCCCCCAUCACCCUUAACCCAUGUCCUCUGGUUUUUUUCUCCCCUUGCCUCAGUGGAAAAAGCCUGCUUGCAUUCACACUCUCUAUACCCAUCAUAAUUUUAUAUACCUCUAUCAAAUCUCCCCUCAUUCUUCUACGCUCCAGGGAAUAAAGUCCUAACCUAUUCAACCUUUCUCUGUAACUGAGUUUCUCAAGUCCCGGCAACAUCCUUGUAAACCUUCUCUGCACUCUUUCAACCUUAUUUAUAUCCUUCCUGUAAUUUGGUGACCAAAACUGAACACAAUACUCCAGAUUCGGCCUCACCAUGCUCUUAUACUCAAUACUUUGAUUAAUAAAGGCCAAAGGAAUUAAAUACAGCAUCUCCAAGUUUGCGGAUGACACGAAGCUGGGUGGCAGUGUUAGCAGUGAGGAGGAUGCUAAGAGGAUGCAGGGUGACUUGGAUAGGUUGGGUGAGUGGGCAAAUUCAUGGCAGAUGCAAUUUAAUGUGGAUAAAUGUGAAGUUAUCCACUUUGGUGGCAAAAAUAAGAAAACAGAUUAUUAUCUGAACGGUGGCCGAUUAGGAAAAGGGGAGGUGCAACGAGACCUGGGUGUCAUUAUACACCAGUCAUUGAAAGUGGGCAUGCAGGUACAGCAGGCGGUGAAAAAGGCGAAUGGUAUGCAGGCAUUUAUAGCGAGAGGAUUCGAGUACAGGAGCAGGGAGGUACUACUGCAGUUGUAC